GUCUGCGACAGCUGUGACGUUUCGGUUCAUGGGCGGAGUCUCGUGUUAAUCCAAACAUCGACAGAAUCUAAAUAAAAUAUUUUCCUUUUUAUCGAUACUUCUGCUCUGAUCGUAUUUACCACACGCCGCGAUGGCUGCGCAGAAGAUUAAUGAAGCCCACGAGCACAUAGCUAAAGCCGAAAAAUGCCUAAAAACCAGUCUGACUAAAUGGAAGCCUGAUUUUGACAGUGCAGCGUCAGAAUACUCCAAAGCAGCUGUGUGCUUCAAAAAUGCCAAGCAAUACGAACAGGCGAAAGAUGCUUACCUGAAGGAAGCAGAGUACCACACAGAAAACAAGACGCUCUUCCAUGCAGCCAAGGCAAUCGAGCAGGCAGGUAUGAUGUUGAAGGAACAAAAGAAGAUGCCUGAAGCCAUUCAGUACAUAGAGAAAGCCUGUAUGAUGUACAUGGAGAACGGGACUCCAGACACUGCAGCCAUGGCUCUGGAUCGGGCUGGGAAACUUAUAGAGCCCAUAAACCUGGAGAAGGCGGUGGACUUGUAUCAGAAAGCAGCAGGAGUGUUUGAGAACGAGGACCGGCUCAGGCAGGCUGUGGAGCUGCUCGGGAAGGCCUCCAGACUGCUAGUGCGACUCAGAAGACUGGAUGAAGCAGCGGCUGCAGUUCAGAAAGAGAAAAACAUGUACAAAGAGAUUGAGAACUUCCCCAUGUGCUUCAAGAAAACCACAGCUCAGGUGCUGAUUCACCUUCACAGAGGAGACUAUGUGGCAGCGGACAAAUGUGUCAGAGAGAGCUACAGUCUUCCCGGAUACAGUGGGAGUGAGGACUGUGUUGCCAUGGAGACGUUGCUGCAGGGAUUUGACGAGCAGGACGAGGACCAGGUGUACCGUGUGUGUAACUCCCCCCUGCUCAAGUACAUGGACAACGAUUAUGCAAAGCUGGCCAUCUCCCUGCGUGUCCCUGGAGGUGGCGGGAAAAAGAAGAAGGCUGCGGCGGCUCCACAAGGGGGCGCCAGUGGUGCACCUGCUCCGGCUGAGGAGGAGGAUGACUAUGAGGGAGGACUGUGUUAACUGUAGGACUGUCCCAAUAUGUAGAGAAGGUUUCAGCUGUGGUUAUCUGGACACUGUUUUUGCAAUCAAGAUGUUUCGGCUCCCAUCCAGAAGCCAUUUUCAAUUUGAUGAUACUGGCUUGAGGCACUAGGAUUUAUAUUUAACAAUCUUUUGCCUAAAGCCAGUACUGAAACAUCUUGAUUGCAAAAACAGUGUUGACAUGACCACUGUUGAAGCCUUCUCUACAUCGAACCACGCCUGGACGAAUGAGGGAUUACGCCAUCUCGUGACUGCCCCACUAUUCCCUGUGUGUUCAACCAAUGUGACAAAACAACUUCCAACUUCAAUGCCUGUUUUUUUUUUUUUAUUUAUUCAUAAAAGCAUAUUGUCAGGAGAUGUAAGGAAAUCCUAACAUUUUUGGUAACACUUUAUAAUUACUACACUACAGCUUAAGAUGCCUUAAUAAAACAUGAACAGAGGUUUAUGUUUAUUAAAAAUGAUCAGACUUAGUGACUACUUGUUUAAGGGGUUAAAGUUAGAGGUUAUGGUAUUAAUGAAGGAUUUACUAAGCCUGAAUCAUUCUUAACAAACAAAUUAUUAAUUAUAAUUUAAGCCUUUGUUCACACAUUAUUAAGGGUAUUAAACAUUGUUAUUAUAAAGUCUUGCCUUUUUUAUUUUAGUUUAGUUUUAUGUCAAGAAGAGUUUCUUUAUGGUAAAAAUGUCCAAAUAUGUAUGUAUGAAAGUUAUAAGGGGUAGUCCAGUAUUUUGUAAAAGUGGGUCUAUGAGAUACUUAUUGUUAGUUGGUCUAGGUAAAGUUGCACAGUGUAACUUUUCUGGUGAAUUGUACAUCACCUGCUUGAAGGUGCUAUUGCUUUGCUUGUAAUGUUCCACAGUAUGUCAUUACAGGCAUGACAAACGUAUCCAUCUCCAUGAAGACAAGAAGCUGACGAGGCAUUUUUAGCGUCUCUACUUGAAUAAAGGCAAGAUGGAUAGGUUUAUUGCUGCCAGAAAAGUAGCACAGUGCACCUUUAAGUUCUUAACAUUAACAAUAGUUUACGACAAGAAGGUCUUGGGUUCGAUUCCCAGGCCAUAUUGAAGAGUGCAUGUUUUGACCAAGAUCCAGGCUCAUAUCUGGACCAGAAUGGGUCAAAUGCAGCGGACCAACUUCAUAAAAUAUACAAUCUUUAGCUUUAGCAAAUGCUCCUGACUGUUCCUCAAACUAUUUCUGCUAAUCAUUUCUGUAGAAAAUUUGCAAGUGUCUAAUAGAACCACAUGCAAAAUAAUAUCCCUGAACUGUAUGUGUCUGUGCUAUCAGUUGUCACUGUGAUGCUGUACAUUCUGCUGUUUGUGAAUGAGUCUUAAUCGCUAUAGAAACUAUAUAUAUAUAUAUGAGAAGAAAUCAAAGCGUACAUAUCUAAGUGUUGAUUCGUGUAUAGGCGUUUGUACAAAGUUAAUUUAUUCAGUAUUCACGGCUGAUUCAAAGCCUGUCGGAAAUGUUACUGCAGCAAUAUACAGCCUUGUAAAUGCAUGUAUUUGGACGGAAUUAAAAUGAUCAGUGGUUAAUAAUGGCAAUCUCUCUUCUAUACAGUUAAUAUUGAAAAUGUAGUUACUAUUCAAUUUUUAGACAGUAAAAUGUCUGUCCCAUCAAACAUGUUAAAAAGGUAACUUGUAUUUAAGUUCAAUAUUGUACUCUGAUACUGCAAAAAAUAUCCACAUUGGUUAAAAUGACUUGAAUUAGUUUAGAUAUACUAACUUUUUAGAGUUGUUUUUUUACUUAUUGUUUAAAUAUCUCACAGGUUUUGUGACAUUUUAUUUUCAUUUAAAGAAAAAGUAUCUGUUAAUGGGUUUGUUAUAUUUGCAAAUUAUUUUUGUGUCUGUAGAUGAGUUACAAUUAUUUGAAUUAAGCAUGUCUGUAUAUUGCACACAAUAAGAAAAAAAAAGAUAUUGCCUUUAAAAUGAGGAGGAAAAUAUUUUGGUUGGGAUCAAAUUUUUCUGGUGGGUAAUUUUACCGAAGAACUUACAAAAUACUCAAAUUAAAAUUAAAUAAAAAUGCUAUUAAAAUUUUAAGUCCAAGUAAUUUUAACUUUACAAUACAUCUAAACUUGUCACAUUUUAUUAUUUUUAUUUUUCCAAUAGUCUAUGUCUAAUAAGAGAGGUGGGUAGUUACAUUUACAUACUUUUCUAGCAGCAAACUAAAUAGUCAAAAUACUCAAAUUAAAGUGAAUAUCAAAAUUCCAAGUGCAUUUUUUUGCAGUGUUGGUAACUUACAAUGAUUUAACAGAAGCAUUUUCCAUUCCUUUGCAUUGUUGCUGACCACGUCUUGUAAGCUCCUCCAAGUCCACUCUCCCAAACUCUGCGUCAAUAAACAUUUCCGUUGCGUGGCAGUUU